AUGACCUGGCUUGCCCUCUUCCUCCUGAGCCAUCUCUGGGCUUUGGCUGGGACCUCUGCCCAGGUCAGAAGCACAUGCUCUGUCCCCGAAAAGCAGCAGCCCCUGGUUGAUGGCCUACAAGUGCUCAUGGAGAACUCAGUGACCCGGUCAUCAUACCCCAACCCCAGCAUCCUGAUUGCCAUGAACUUGGUGGGACCCUACAACCAGAAGGCCCAAGAGCUCCUAACUGAAGAACUCGUAGCCAGUAACAUUGCUGACCUAACGGUGGGACAACUUGCUCUUAACAUCAUGGCCCUCACCUCCUCCUGCAGAGACACCGGGAGCAAAGUGUCUGCUCUACAAAGAGAAAUGGAGCGCUGGGUGGCUCCAGACCCCACUGAGGGAGCCAUAGCCUUCUAUCCGCCCGGCCUGGCGGUCUUGGCCCUGUGCCAGAAGAACCCCGAAACCACCUUGCCGAUCGCCGUGGGCUUUGCCAAGGCACUGCUGGCCAACACCUCUCCCUUUGAUGUGGGCACAGGAGCCGUGGCGACCUUGGCCCUCACGUGCAUGUACAACAAGAUCCCCGUGGGCUCCGGGGACAGCUACAGAACCCUGUUCAGUCACGUGCUGAAGAGCAUCGUGGACAACAUCAGCAUGAGGAUCAGCGACGAUGGCAUCAUCGGAAACAUCUACAGUACUGGCCUUGCCAUGCAGGCUCUCUCUGUGACACCGGAGCAGCCUGACAAGAAGUGGGACUGUGAGCAGACCAUGGCCACCGUCCUGGAGGAGAUCCAGCAGGGCAUGUUCCAGGUGCCCAUGUCCAUCGCCCAAAUCCUCCCAUCCCUGAAAGGCAAGACCUACUUAGAUGUGCCCCACGUGGUCUGCAGUUCUGACCAAGAGGUGCUGCCAUCGCUGCCCACCUCUCCCACCCCGGGCCCCACCACGGCCUCCAACAUCACCGUCAUUUACACCGUCAACAACCAACUGAGAGGGGUCGACCUGCUCUUCAAGGCCACCAUAGAGGUCAGCGUGAAAGGGGGUUCAGUGCUGCUGGUCGUCCUACAAGAAGCCCAGCGCCAGAACGCCGUGUUCAAAUUUGAGACGACAAUGACAUCUUGGGGCCCCAUGGUUUCUUCCAUCAACGACAUUGCUGAAAACGUUAACCACAAGACAUACUGGCAGUUCCUGAGUGAUGGGACGCCGCUGAAUGAAGGGGUUGCCGUGUACAUUCCCUUCAACCACGAGCACAUCAUAGCCAACUUCACCCAGUACUGA